AUGUCUUCCUGGCAUGUGGACAUUGGAGAUUGGAGGCAGGGGCCCACCUUAUCCCCUAUGGAGCAGGAAAGGAUCUUGUCACUUCUGAGAGCAGAAGUGGAAAGGUUAUCCAGCGAGCUGCAGGAGACAACCCAGGAGAAAGUCCAAGCCGCAACGUACGGCCUGGCAGUGCUCGAGGAAAAUGCCGACUUGAAACAGAAAUAUGGGGACCUGGAAACAGAGCUAGAGUCCCAUAGGCUGGAACUCCAUCAACUGAAGGAGGCAUUAGCAGAAUGUCAUAGCAACCAUAAGCGGGCCACAUUUGAUGGAGAGAACAGAGAAGAAUGCUUACUGCUGGAAACAGCUUCCAAGGAGGCAAAGCUGAUGGAGAGAAUUGAAGAGUUGCAGAAUGACAUUAAACAAAUGAGAUUUCUUGUGACUAACACAUCUGCAGAAAAUGAUCGCCUUUCUUCCAUAAUCCAGGAGCUGAGAAAGGAGUGCAAAUGUAUAGAAACUGAAAAGGCUCUAUUGAAAGAUGAGGUCAAACAAUAUAAGAUGAAAGAAUUACGGCAGUUGCAGGACACUGCAGAGUUGAAAGAAGAAAAUCUCUCUUUACAGAAGCAAGUUUCCUGUUUGAAGGAGACCCAGGUAGAGUAUGAAGGCCUAAGGCGAGAAGUUCAGAGGAGAGAUGAAGAAAUCGAGCUUAGAAACAGUCGUUUGGCUGAAGUCACUCGACAAAAGGAGAUCUCUGACCAUCAUCUAGAAGAGGCCCUGGAAACUCUCCAGAGUGAGCGCGAACAAAAAAACGAGCUGCGCAGAGUGCUGUCAGGGUACAUCAAUACCUACGACUCCUUAGGGACCCUGCCAACAAAUUUUGAAGACCUGAAUCAGUGUAAUGAUGAUGACCUGGGCAUUGGCUACAACAACCAAGUCUUCAGGAACCGCAGAGAAAACAUGAUGUCCAUGACCCAAAAUAGCAACAGCUCUAGGCCCCAGCCUGGGUUAGUGUGUGAUCUUUUGAGUGAGCUCAGUUUAUCAGAGAUUCAGAAACUGAACCAGCAGCUUCUCCAGGUCGAUCAUGAAAAGACAUCACUAAUAAGUAGUAUAAAAGAGUUGCAGACACAGCUGGAUAGUACGAAGGAUGCGCUGUCCAAACAGCAAGCUCAAAAUAACUACCUUCUUGAGCAGAUACAGGCUUUAAACAAAAGGUAUGGUAGUAAUGAACUGAGUUUGCUCUUUGGCAAAGACGGAGAGAAGAGCGAUGCCUCCGGCGUGGAGCACAGAUGUGCCGCUUCCAACUGUUCACAAGUUGCCAGGCUGAAGAACGAACUUCAGGAGCUGAAUCAGAAAUAUCAGGACUUUGAAGCCAAGUAUAAGCAGGAUACAGAGGCCUGGCAGGAAGAGUCUCAGAACCUAACGGAGAAGAUAAGAUUCUGGGCCAAAUCAGGUAAGCAGAAGCAAGAAAUCAUUACGAAUCUCGAGAACGAGCUUCAGGCUUCCAGGAAACGGUCAUCGGAAUUUCAGAGCAAGCUGAGCCUGGCCCAGGAGGAGCUGCAGGUGAUCACCGAAGACCUAGCCAACAUGUAUCGCCGAGUCUGUGUCUGCAACAACCUGUUGCCUGAUCGUGGGCUACUGGAUGGCUUUAAAGAUGGCCAAGGGGCUCCUGUGCAUACAUGCAAGAGGCACGCUAACGAUGUCACGACCAGCUUGAGGAGGUGCCGAAGCCAGUCCAAUGAUCUCUUUGUGAAGGUCUUGUUCAGCCCUGAGACGAGCACCGUGAAGAGCGGCAGCAGCAACCAAUCCGUCAGUGAUUCUCCUUGCGAGUCCGAUGGAGAAGAGUACGACAAGGAGCCCGAGAGCCUUUCCAACCAGAUUUCCAUCAUCGGAAGCCAAGUGAAGCAACUCCAGACGGCCCUGGCGAUAUCACUGCGCAACAAGUCCCUAGAAGCCAUGUCAACCGAGUUGAAGGAUAAAAACGCCCUCGUUGACGAAAUAAUGAAAUUGAAGUCUUUGUUGAACACCCAAAGAGAGCAAAUAGCAACGCUGAGGACUGUCUUGAAGGCCAACAAGCAGGCUGCCGAAGGUGCCCUUUCCAAUAUGAAGCGCAAAUAUGAGGAUGAGAAGUCUGUUGUGUCAGAAACAAUGAGUAAAUUGAGGCACGAAUUAAAAGUUCUGAAGGAAGACGCUGCUACUUUUUCCUCCCUCCGGGCAGUGUUUGCCAGCAGAUGCGAUGAGUACGUUUUACAGCUUGGCGAAAUACAGCAACAGCUUGCUGCUGCGGAGGAGGAAAAGAAGACCUUAAAAUCUUUGCUGAGCCUGGCUAUUCAGCAGAAACGGGCUCUGACCCAGCGUUUGGAGGCACUGCAGGCUCAGUCCACUCUGCCACUGAACAGCCGGGCAAAGGUUCUUCCUGACUCCAAGGGGAGACCAUUCAAAAGCAACUGGCGAUAAACGAAUGGCGUCAAGGACGAAAGGCCCUCUUUUCCAGCGGAGGGGCAGCAACAGUGUUGACAAACGACCGAUCUGCACGAGACUGGUAUUAACACUGAGAUCAUCCCGCUCAUCAGCUUCAAAUGAUUGUCCAAAAGUGUUUGAUGUUUUUUGGGAAAAUAUUUAAUGUGUUAUUUCAGUUGUAGCCCAAAUAUCUCGAAUUGCUUUGAAAACGCAGGCCGUGGAAGAAUAGAGCUCGACGCCGUGGCAUCGGCGUCCAGAAUGCCUUCUGUCGGGCGAUAUCGCUCGGCGGGCCUGCUGUUAUGGUUUCGAGUAGUAUUUGUCCUUGUGACCCCUUUGUGAAGAGCACCCUAUUCCCCGUUCCCGUGUUCAUGUGCAAGCCCCGUCUCUUUAGGAAAUGUUAAAUACCAAAUCUCGGUGUGUUCCUCCUCCACUCUGACUCUGACUCAUCACCGUUGGCUUUCAAGUCCAUUUCAAGCAAGAUAUAAAACCGUGCAUGUCUUUAUGUUUACAGCUUAGUUUCCGUAUAAUUGGACAUACACUUGGUGCUAUCUGUACGGUGUUAGAAAUCGUCUGCAAAAGUAGUUUCUAUCAGUGUACCAGUGUACUGUGUACUGUUUAAAACUUUAAGAAAUGUAUUCGUGCAAAACCUAAACGGAAUGGAUCAUUCUAGGGGUAUUCAGGCGAAGAGCUUUGGCGUCUAAGGUCCCGGAAUAAGGGGCGAGUAUUGGGGAUGCUUGGGAAUGCUGGGAACUGGCUUAGAUUCUUGGGCACAGGGAAUUUUUUUGGAAAAGGGAGGUUCCAAAUGCAUGACUCUUUCUAGAUGAAAGUCACUUGAAGCCCAAAAUGGGUGGAUUCUUAAAUCAAGGACUAGUCAAGUCACCUUGGUAAGGGGCUGCUUGAUGCAGACUCAGAAUUGUAUAGUUUUUGUGGAAAGGUCUCUGGAUUCUUUUUUUCCUCCUCCAAUCCAGUCCCUUUAAGGUUGGGAAUUAGACACCCGGCAUUCUUAAUGGGAUUCGAUAGGCUCCGCUUGCCUUGUUUCUUGGAGGAAGAAAAAGAUUAAAUGAUGGGCCGCUGAAUUCUCGCAGAAGAUAUUAUUUUGGUAACCCUCUUUUGAAGCAUCUUUAAUAAGAGGAAGCCUCUUCAAGUCCCUUGCUUUCCCUUCUUAUAGAGCAUGCUGGGCACCUCAAGAGAGUCGGGGACUUGAGGGGUGGGUGGUGCUGUUUAACCACACAUCCCCAAAUGCUUAGUAUUAGUUGAGAGCCUUUAAGUAUUUUCAGUAUCAUAAUGUGUUCUUGCCAGACUGGCAGCUGGCUGAAAUGGAUUGUAGAAGGGGAACAGAAAGCUCUCUCUAACUAGAGCAGCCUGGCAAGAGAAAAGAGAAUAGUCUAAGUGGAAUGAAAGUAUAUUUACAUAUAUUUUUAAUGGAAAUAUUUAAAUAUCUAUCGUACUCUGCGUAUGAAGUAACCCUCUCGAAAUCUCCCCCUCAACAUAAUAAUGCAUGUCAAAGAGUCUUUUGUGCAAAGAAUGGAAAUCAUAAAUAAAUCGUGUUAGUUG